GAUUCAAAAAGAUGACGUCGUGGAUUCCACGUUGGCCCGGACGUGGCAGUAAGUCGGUUGCAGUCCUGAGUGGAAACCACAGCGUUCAUAUCAGCCAGAUGAUCACACACAACUUGUAUUAAGUGGUUGAUCACAGAUUUUCGGUCGUGGUUUUAGUCAUGGGGCUCACAUUUUCGAAUGUAUUUCGGCGAAUUUUUGGCCAGAAGCAGAUGAGGAUUUUGAUGGGUGAGUCAAAGUUCAGUGUUUAACUUGUUCAGCUUAAACGAGAGUAUGUGUGAUGACUGUACCUUACAAGUUUUGAUGAAAGGUCCUAGAAAGUUAACAUUUCUAACCUAAAAUAGGAGCUUGACGAAGUGAGGACUAUUUAAGUGACAACUAUUGGUAAAAAAGAAGAAAGAAUGAAAGAAGUUUUACAACAAAACCGAGUGUGAACUGAAGUAAAAUCCACACGAGACAGAAACAAAUGUCAUUUAAUCCUGAUGUAUUGAAUUAUUAAUGUGAAAAGUUCCUUUAUUCUGCAGUUUUGACGGUAAAUUUAUGACGACCUUGUCAUUUGGCAACAUUACAACCAGCGACGUGGGAUGACCAAGUGUCAUUAUGUUCAUUUACAUUUCUGGGAGUGUGUGAAUCAACCUCAAGAUAAAAUUUGCAUAUAUGACACAUUAUUUAACACCGACCAAUGAAUAAAUAAAUAACAUGGUCUUCCACAUUAGGCUACUUCCACAGUUAGUGUAAAUAUUGUUACAGUAUUUGUAUUAGUUGAAUGUGUACUGUGUUUCACUGGGAUUGAUAAAGUAUCUAUCUAUCUAUCUAUCUAUCUAUCUAUCUAUCUAUCUAUCUAUCUAUCUAUCUAUCUAUCUGUUGGUGCUUCUUGGUGAUCAGAGCUAUUGAUGAAAUUGAACUGCAGGUUAUCUAUAGCUUAAACAUAUAUUAACAACAAUGUUAUUUCCCUGUAGUUGGGCUGGAUGCUGCUGGGAAGACAACUAUCUUGUACAAAUUGAAGCUUGGUGAAGUUGUGACCACCAUCCCAACCAUCGGUAAGGAACACAACAAGAGUCGCUGUACAGCUUGCUUUAUUUCUUUGUAAUCAUUAAACAUUUACCUGAAAUAUAUGAUAAUAUUUAAGAUCCUUCUCUCAUUUGUCCCCAAUACAGGUUUCAACGUGGAGACAGUAGAGUAUAAAAACAUCAGCUUCACUGUAUGGGACGUUGGUGGCCAGGAUAAGAUCAGGCCUCUCUGGAGGCACUACUUUCAGAACACACAGGUAUGGUUGUUUAAUGCUGAAUAUGUUAAUGCUGGAUCAGUAGGGGGCUCUGAAACAACUCCACUUUAAUCAGUAAAGGUGUUUUGCAUUAAAAUGCUGCUAAUCCACAACUCUUGUCUUGAACCCAAGUCUUUAAAAUAAGAUGUAAUGGAUUAACACGAUUAUAUGAAUAUUUUCCUAUCAAGUCAGAUAGUUGCCUUGAAGCUGAAGAGCAAGAUUCACUAUUCAAACUCAACAUUUAGAAAUCUUCAUCAUGUAGCCUGUUAAUAACAAUUAUUUAUUUCUUCUAAACUAUUAUAAUCUGUAAUUGUAUGAAGUUGGUAAUAUUGCAUGUUAUUUCUGGCAAAUAUUAAAAACAACUUCGCUCAAUUUCUUUUUUGCUCAGUUGUUUGUGGAUUAUAGUGACCAUUUCUAAAUUUACCUGUAUGAUUUGCAUUUGCAUAAAUAAAAUUCUUGUACUUGCUAAAUUUGUGAAGGACUGCAUGAAGAUUAUUUCUAUCAGUCAUUGUUUUGAUUGUUUUUUCCCAUUAAAGAUGCUUGUGACACUUUUUUAAAGUUUAGACUAUUCACAUUGGAGCAGGCAAAACCUGGUUAAUUCUUAUCCAAAAAUGGACUCAAAAUAUUUCAUUGAUAAACUCUUGAAUGUAGAAAGAGGUAGAUAAACUUCUCACCUCCCUUUUGUUUUGUUUUUCUUUUCUUGUCUAGGGUCUGAUCUUUGUAGUGGACAGUAAUGACAGAGAAAGAGUGCGAGAGGCUGCUGAUGAGCUUUCAAAGAUGGUAAGUGUUUGAUGUGCUGUUCUGAAUGGACAGAGUAUACCCAAAAAGUGCUCUCUGUGCAGCGAUGAGUUGCAUACGGGAUCAUUUAUUAAUACUAUGACAUGGAGAGUAGUGGAUUCUGACUCAGAGUGAGCAGUCAGCUGCCAUAUACUCUGCUGUCGUUGAAUCAAAAUAUGUAUAAAGAGCAAGUGAAUUGCAGAUGUGUACGUGUGGUUCGCACACUCUUGAAUUUCUAAGAGUAUAAGACAACCACACUGACUUCUUCAACAAUACAAGCUCCUAAUCCCAGUGACUCUGCUUUUGAGAUUACCCUGUGCUGUUUCAGUUACUGACAUUACAUGUUCACAACAAUAGGUAUGCACAAUUUCCUAUGAGUCACCAAAAUAAUAAUGGGUGGGGUUAAAGUCAGGUGUACAUGAUUAAUAAAGUCACUCCACACAGCUCAGUUUUUCUCAAAGUGCAUGUUUAUAUUAACACAAAAGACAAUCUAGUGAGACAGAAGAGGUUUGGUAAAACUAUAGCGCUUAGGAGACGGUAUCUUAAAGAAAACAUCACAGUAAAUAGUUGAUCACAUUGUGUAUAUAGGAUAGUCCUUCAUGUCAUAGUUGUUUAAACAGGGUUUAGGCUGUUGCUACUGUUUGCAUAGUAGAUUAAUAUAAAUAUCUUUAAUUAUAAUGUGUAUCUAUUAAGAACAUGAAUGCGUGUGUGUGGUGUACAGGAAAAAUGCAGGACUGUCAGUGGACUUUAAAUUCACACUCUGCCACGAUCUAAUUCCUGUUGUCAGUUUUCCCCCUCCUUAGAAACACAGCAGCAUAAUUUUGUUUGAUUUGGGUGUGUUUUUGUGUAUGUGUGUAAGAAAACAGAUACGACCACAUUGUCUUUUGAAUUAUAAGUUGAAUGAGCAGAGCAUAUCCACUUUGACUAAACUUUUGGUGUUGUGAUUAAGUUUUUGGCUCUGAAGAGCCCUCAAGGACCACAGUGAAGUAUAAGGGGGUAUGUUGGCAGAAAUAUUAUGUUAUAUUAUAUUGGUUUUUUUUUAAGCAGCUUCACAGCUUUGGAAGGAUUUGUAUUAGCAUGUGUGUGAGGUGGCAGGGCGGGGCGGGGACAGGUGUAAAAUGGUGAAUCAUUCCACACAGCAAAAGUUUACAUGGGAUUUCUGCUGACACAGCACUCCAGGGGCUGCUGCUCACAUCAGCGCAUCUUUUUUUUUUUUUUUUUUUUUUGCUCUGCUUGUUCAAAGCUGUAAUUUCUGCAGUUUUAUUUGACAGAAUAUUUUUAUUUCAGGCUACAUCUGCAGAGAUCUUUCACUGUCAUAGAAUAAAGUGAAAGAAGAAGAAGAAGAAAGACCUUGAAUAAAGCAUAAUUUUGUUGUUAGAUUGCACGUCAAGCAGAAGGAGUUGUUUUGUAGUGAUGCCUAAACAAUUGAGACCAGACUGGCUCUGAUCAUUAACUUCUCCUGUUUUUUGGGAAAGCCAUGUGAAUGUGCUUUUCUCUGUCUUGGUUAAUUCUCUGGCUGCGAUCCCUCACCUCCCCUGUUUGUGUAAUUCACUCAGAUAUUCAGCAGCGGUGCUUGCUUCAAUGCAGAGAUUUGUUUGGCUGAAUGGGAUCACACGGGCAGUCUUAUUAAGCUUGUAAUUGGGCUAUGAUUUUCCAGUUAAAAAAAAAAAAAAAAACAGUGGCGUAUUGUCUGAGAAAGCUGUGCAACUUAAUUCAAACAGCUAUUUGAAUUUAGUUGUAUUUACAUGUUCCCUCUCAUCAGAAAGCUGUAAGAAAAUCAGAUCUAAAAACCUUUGUGAGAGAAUCAUUGUAUUUUGUGGUAAGAUGAUCCCUUCCCCACUAGAACCUUUUAGCGAGAUGCUAUUACUUAACAGAGCAUGCCUUUUAUCGCUCAGGACACUGACCACGACCACCUUUCAUUAAAGUGUCCACUUCCAUUAUAGUGGCAAAUAUUCUCACUGCAUUUCUCUAACUUUUGUUGUUUUACUGAGGCUGUUUUUAGUCAAAUACCAAUACCAAAUCUGUUUUAAGUCAUAUGACCCUUGCGUGAAAUCUUGUGACUGAUAUUCUUCUCUGUUUUCUGUCCCUCUAGUUGAGUGAGGAUGAGUUGAGGGAUGCUGCUCUGCUGGUGUUUGCCAACAAACAGGACCUCCCAAAUGCAUUAACUAUGAACGAUAUCACAGAACAACUUGGCCUUUCCUCCCUUCGCGGCAAAACUGUAAGUAUUGUGAAUAGCAUUGGCUCCAUAGACCUGCAUCAUAUCUCUUGUCAUGUGCAGAGCUUUAUCUAGGUCUAACUCAAGGCUAACUACACCGUUAUCUCUGACCCCACAGUGGCAUGUUCAGGGAGCGUGCGCCACCAGUGGACACGGCUUGUAUGAAGGACUGGACUGGCUUUCCCAAGAGUUAUCGAACAGAGGCUAACGCGGAUCAGCCUGUCAAAAAGAUAGAGACUGUACAGCGCAGGAGAGGUGUGCGGGCACAGACACCCGCAAACACACAGUGCAGAUGUUCACCAGGAGAUCAAGACUGGUGGAGGAUAUAGUCGUCUUUGGGACAAUUUUUAAUUCUCGCAUUUUUCCUUCUGUUAUCAACACUUGAACCAUGUUUUAUCUACACAUAGUCUGUAUUUUUGUCUCCCAAAAGAAUCUUUGUAAUGAGAAGAGGUUGAAGUUGCACAUUCAGUUUUGAUGAGCAAACUGACAAUUUUUAAAACAUCCUGAAAUGCAUGAAAAAUAUAUUUUUUCUGUCCCUAUUUGAAACACUUAUGCAAUUUUUGGCCUAUACUUGUUGGGGGGAAAUGAUAAUAUACACAUACUUGUGGCUGCUACAAACUGUUUUCUCUACAACCCUGUGUGGAUAUUUGACUCCAGUUCAUCAGUGACCCUUUGCUCUGCUGGGUCCCCGCUUUUCCAGCUGAAGAUUCAUAGCCAACAGAGUUUGAAAGGAAAGAGCUCUGUGAGGCUCGCAUUUAUUCCAAACAUAGUUUAUUACAGAGAAACCAUGUUGCCUUCCACUAAAUGCAACCUCAACAAAGUGCUGUGCCUUCUGGUCCCUCUGGACACAAAUCUGAGCUGUCCCUCUUGUCUCUUAAUCACCAUCUCAAGACUUUAAAGUGACUUUUUGCAUUUGACACAAUGUGUCAUGGUGAAGAGGACCCACACCGGUGUGCGUGUUAAUGGCCUUUAUGACAUCACAAUCAACUUUAUGACAUCACAAUCAACUUUCUUUUCCCUUCGAUAAAAACGACCUUGACAAAAAAAAAAAAUAAUAAUAAUAAUCUCAGUUCUUUUGUUAACACAGUAAGAAGGAGGCAUCUUUUUCAGUGUUGACACAUGGUCAGUGCAACACAGGACAGUAGCAUGUUUUUGUUGGGUUUCUUGACUUUUUUUUUUUGCAGUGUCUGGGGCUGAUGUUUUGUCUAUGGUAAAUAUUGUCGUAUUUAGUUAUUUUGCCGUCUCUAACUCAGAAAAUUAGCAGGAUGAAAUUAUUUGUGUAUACAUUCCAGUCUGUGAUUGAUUGCAGUUGCUGAUGCUGCCACUCUUCAAAUACACUUGCUAUAAAUAUCUUACAAAAAGCUCUCAAUAAAGAGAAGAAAAGUGAAAAACC